AUGGCGACAAUUAACAUGCUCGAUAGCCGAGAGCUCCCACCCGAGAGGGUCAAGAAGCUCUUCAAACAAUAUCGAAAGAGUCAUCACUGGAGUGAGACGGGCGCUUCUGCUAAUCUCAUUGAUACGCACAGUCUUCCGACUUCCGGAAUCAAUGCAACCGUGAGUCUUGAGAGUGUAAUCUCAAGCGAAAUCAUUGCUGCUGCGUGUAAGGAUCUCAUUGCACCUCUACAUUCGAAUGGUGGUAAACCCGUCAAUUGUGAGGGUGCUCGCGUUUUUGCUGUAGAGGGGCUACCAGAGCUUUUCUAUCCUUUUGACCAAGACAAUCAUAGAGCCUUCAAUACUUCACAGUUUUUGAAUUCUAAAUUACGAUGGAUGACCCUUGGAGGUCAGUAUGAUUGGACAGAGAAGCGAUACCCACCGGAGGAUCCACCUCCUUUUCCAAAGGAAAUUGAUCUUUUCAUCAAGACUCUAUUCCCAAAUGUGCGGCCAGAAGCUGCCAUAAUGAACAUAUACAAUCCGGGUGACUCUCUUAGCAUGCAUCGAGAUGUAAGUGAACAGUGUGACAACGCGUUGGUAAGCAUUAGUCUUGGCUGUGACGCCCUCUUUAUAGCAGCUUUACAACCAGACUCGGAAUCAGAACCAAAGCACAAGGUCUUCCGCCUGCAUUCUGGAGAUGCCAUAUAUCUAGAUGGGCCGUCACGAUUUGCAUGGCAUGGAGUCCCUAAAGUCAUCCCAAAGACCUGUCCGGACUGGCUCCAUGAUUGGCCAGCCGAAAGCACUCUUAGGACGGACGACUACUCUGGUUGGCGUGGCUGGAUGGCUGGUAAAAGGAUCAAUCUCAGUGUGCGGCAAAUGCAUGUCGAAGUACCAUCAAACGAGAAGAAAGCUUGA